AUCAAGGCAUGUUUGUGUUUUUUCUGCCCCGUCAGCAGUUUACACGCCGGUGUCUCUCCUUUUGUCUUGCAGAGUUCAUUCAUGCUUCAGCAUCAUUUCCAGUUUUCCCCGAAGAGGAAUUUUUGCACGUCACUGUGAUAAAAGGGAUGAAUGAGGGCCGUUCUGCUCUACUCAGACGGUGCCACCUCGCCCUGUCCAAGUCCGACUCCCCGGGCUCAGCCUCAGCCAGGACGGCUCAGUCUGUGGACGCGGGGGACGGAGGGACAGCUCAGGCUCAAAACGACACAGCCGCCUUCCCCCUGUCGGAGCUCUCGCACCUGUUCGAGAGCGAGGAUGCCUCCAACCCAGCCCAGGACACGAGUCAGGACUCGACCGCGGAGCCGGCGCAGCCUGGCCAGUCCUCGGACAGCAGGCCGAACCUGAGGAUGAAGUUCCAGGGUGCUUUCAAGAAGGGCAUCACCAACCCUGCGGACCGACUGGAAACCACCAUAUAUGAGUCGAAUGUGGUUUCAGGCCCGAAGAAAGCACCCAUGGACUCUCUGUUUGACUAUGGCAGCUAUGAAAAUGAAAACAACCAGAAGAGACGCAGGAAGAAGCUCCUGAGAGGUAAAACCGAGGUGUUGGGUGAUGACAGCCACAACGCCGACCCUCCGAAAGUUGUGAAGAUAUUCAACCGUUCCCUGUUGUUUGACUGCGUGUCACGUGGAGACCCCGAGGCCCUCCAGGGCCUGCUGGAGUACCUGCAAAGUCAAGAGAAGAGGCUGACAGAUGAGGAGUUUAGAGAGCCAUCCACGGGGAAGACGUGUCUGCCUAAAGCGCUGAUGAACCUUUACGGCCGUCAGAACAACACCAUCCCGCUGCUGGUGGAUAUCGCAGAGAAGACUGGAAACCUCAGGGAGUUUAUAAAUACACCGUUUAGGGAUCUGUACUACAGAGGCCAGACGGCGCUCCACAUCGCCAUCGAGCGGCGCUGUAAGCAGUACGUGCAGCUGCUGGUGGAGAAGGGAGCAGACGUGCACGCCCAGGCGAGGGGCCGCUUCUUCCAGCCCAAAGACGAGGGAGGGUACUUCUACUUCGGUGAGCUGCCCCUCUCUCUGGCUGCGUGCACCAACCAGCCCGACAUAGUGCACUACCUGACAGAGAACCCACACAAGAAGGCCGACAUGCGACGCCAGGAUUCCCGGGGAAACACGGUGCUGCACGCGUUGGUGCACAUCGCAGACAACACGAAGGACAACACCCGCUUCCUCACUAAGAUGUACGACCUGCUGCUGGUGAAGUGCUCCAAGCUCUUCCCUGACUGCAGCCUGGAGACGAUCCACAACAACGAUGGGAUGUCGCCUCUCAUGAUGGCCGCCAAACUCGGCAAGAUUGGGGUUUUGCAGCACAUUAUCCGGCGUGAGAUCAAAGAUGAGGAGGUUCGUCAUCUGUCUCGUAAGUUUAAGGACUGGGCGUAUGGUCCGGUGUACUCCUCGCUCUAUGACCUGUCGUCACUGGAUACAUGUGGGGAGGAACCAUCUGUUCUGGAAAUCAUUGUCUACAACAGCUGCAACGAGAACCGCCAUGAGAUGCUGGCCGUGGAGCCCAUCAACGAGCUGCUGAGGACCAAAUGGAAGAGGUUUGCCGCCGUCACCUUUUACAUCAGUGUGGUUUCCUACCUCAUCUCCAUGAUCAUCUUCACCUUGGUGACCUAUUACCACCCAACAGAGGGAACGCCUCCGUAUCCUUACAUCACCUCCUCUGACUACUUACGGAUGGCGGGGGAGAUUGUGAUCCUGGCGUCGGGGAUCUUCUUCCUUCUCACAAACAUUAAGGAAGUUUUCAUAAAAAAGCGCCAUGAUAUAAAGUCGUUGUUUAUGGAUGGAUCAUUUCAGCUGCUUUACUUCAUCUACUCUGUGCUGAUUAUAAUCACAGCAGCUCUCUACCUGUCUGGCAUCACAGCCUAUGUCUCUGUGAUGGUGUUUGCUCUGGUUCUGGGCUGGAUGAACACGCUUUACUUCACCAGAGGCCUGAAGCUCACUGGCACCUACAGYAUCAUGAUUCAGAAGAUUCUUUUCAAAGAUCUUUUCAGAUUUUUGCUGGUCUAUGUUCUCUUCAUGAUCGGGUAUGCUUCAGCCUUGGUGUCUCUGCUCCCAGUUUGUCCCCCACCAGGCACAGACUGUGGUACCGACUGUCCCACCUACCCAAAGUGCAGAGACCCUGACACGUUCAGUACUUUUCUUCUGGACCUAUUCAAACUGACCAUUGGCAUAGGAGAACUGGACAUGGUCUAUAGUGCGCGGUAUCCGGGGGUCUUCCUUGUCCUCUUAGUCACUUAUAUUAUUCUCACUUUUGUGCUGCUACUCAACAUGUUGAUUGCGUUGAUGGGGGAGACGGUGGGCCAGGUGUCCAAAGAGAGCAAGAAGAUCUGGAAGCUGCAGUGGGCUACAACCAUCCUGGAUAUCGAGCGCUCCUUCCCGGUGUGUCUUCGCAAGUCUUUUCGAGCAGGAGAGAUGGUGACCGUGGGAAAGAACUGGGAUGGCACACCAGACCGACGCUGGUGUUUCAGGGUGGAUGAGGUCAACUGGAAUCACUGGAAUCAGAACUUGGCCAUAAUUAACGAGGAUCCAGGCAAGAGUGAGACCCUCCAAACCACCGGGUUGCAGCCAAGCGUCCGAGGCCUGAAGAGAGAUCGCUGGUCCACUGUGGUCCCGCGGGCGAUAGAGUUAAACAGAAGUCCUCGUCCUCCUGAGCUGGUGGUGGAGAUGGAGCCCCUGACGUCCAGGCACUGACCAGCCCUCAGCUUUCUGAUCAGGUGGCAACAAAACGCCACCAGCUGUUACAUUUUAACAUGUAGCCAUUAUAUGUGCUAAUUUACACAUCUUGAGCCUUUUGUUUAUGAUGAACAGAAUAUUACAACACUUUUGUUAUAAAAGAACAGAAGACUGAAUAGAGACAAUGAAAGUACAGCUGAUGAAACAUUUCCACACAAUCAUUCCAAUUAAACCCUGAGGAAACACUAAAAAAAGCUGAAGAAUUGAGAAAGUGAGCUGGACAUCAGUGGGCGAUCACCCUGGGAUUUUUACAUUCAUUGUCUUAAUUUUUUUAAAGGAAACAGAUUUUUGUGCUUUUCUAAUUGCCAUUUUAAAAGCYUAUUUACUGUAUUGUAGCGUUAGCCGUCAAUGACGAGUCUUUUAUCAAAUCUUGCAGAUCUAAUUUUAUAUUUUAGAACCAGUUUUAGACUCAGCUUACAUUUUAAAGGACGAGUUUUGCCAUAAAGAUUAUACUCUACACGCUGAUUAGGAUAAUUUUAUUUAGGCUGGGUUUUAGAGCAAAAGUACAGAAUAUAUCUAUUUAGUGCAGCAUAUGUUUGUGUUCCUGCAUCGUAUUAAUUAAAUGUACUAGUUUGAAAAGGCGCAGGCUUGAGCUGCCAGCUCAGGCAGAACAGCUGUCAUUUGAGCAGAAACAAUGCUCUCUGCCAGUUUCUGAUGUGCGCAUUAUUAUAUGAACACAAAGACGGUAUUCCGAACAAGAUGGGCAUGAUGAGCAGGUUAUAGUUGUCAAGCAAAAAUGCAAAUGCAGGACAAUAGCCCCCCGUGUUAUGGGUUGUCUUUGAAUUUGCAGAGUUAUUGUUCCUUUGCAGCUGGGGCGUUUGCAUAAUCAACUCUUAGUCCUUGCUAUUAUGUACUUCGCCCCUGUUUGCUGCGGUGUUUUCAUCGCAGWUGGCUCUUUGCCCUGUACAGCAUUUUUUAUGCACAUAAAUUGAAAAGUGGCAUACAUGACUUGCAGCUCAUUUUUGUAAAUUCACUACUGUUGCAGGGUACAGGUCAAAGUUCAAUGUGUUUACAUUUUGAUUCAUUUUUCUACAUUAUUUGUACACAGAACAGUAAACUGAUGUUCUCAAAUCUUGCA